AUGGAUGAAGAAAUAGAUUACGAAGCGCUUCCGGCAAAUGCGCCACUUUCCCAGCAACUUGCUGCCGGAGCAUUUGCGGGCAUCAUGGAACAUUCGAUCAUGUUUCCGAUUGAUGCGAUAAAGACUCGAAUGCAGGCGAUGAGUUCGAGUGUUGGCACAGUAGAAACGGCGGCGAAGUUGCCAUCGACGAUCAUUCAGCAAAUAUCCAAAAUUUCUACGACGGAAGGGUCGAUGGCCCUAUGGAAGGGAGUUCAAUCUGUAAUUUUGGGUGCGGGUCCAGCCCACGCGGUUUAUUUUGCGACAUACGAGAUGUGCAAAGGGUAUUUGAUCGAUCCCGAAGACUUCCAAACGCAUCAACCGCUCAAAACAGCCGCCAGUGGUGUAGCUGCCACCAUUGCGGCCGAUGCCCUCAUGAACCCAUUUGAUACCAUUAAGCAACGGAUGCAACUGCAGUAUGGAACCGCGGAUAAAAUGUGGUCAACGGCAAGCAAAAUGUACAGAAAUGAGGGACUUGCAUCGUUCUUUUAUUCUUACCCUACUACAAUUGCAAUGAAUAUACCGUUUGCGGCUUUCAAUUUCGUCAUUUACGAGUCUUCCACCAAGGUGUUCAACCCUUCGAAUUCAUACAAUCCACUCGUUCACUGUCUGUGCGGAGGCAUCAGUGGGGGCACUUGCGCGGCUCUCACCACACCCCUCGAUUGUAUCAAGACGGCACUUCAAGUGCGCGGCAGUGACCGCGUCGUGCAUCCGCUCUUCAAAGAAGCGGACACGUUCUCAAAAGCUGCGAAGGCAAUUCAUCAGAUAUAUGGCUGGCGAGGUUUCCUUCGUGGCUUGAAACCAAGGAUCAUUAGCAACAUGCCGGCAACGGCCAUUUCUUGGACUGCAUACGAGUGUGCAAAGCACUUCCUUUUCAAUGCGCAGUUUUUGAAUAACUGA